CCAGCUGCCAACUUAUGGUCGAGUGAUCGACCUCGUGCUUCUCAGCCCCUCUAGCGGGAGAAGUAGCCCGUGAGGUCAUGCGCCGAUAGCCGAGAGAGUUCGCGAAGUUCAGCGCUUCUGUCCCAGACGAUGUCGGAUGGAUUAGACGAUAAUUUCACGCAAUCUCCGCUAUCUUCUAUUGGCUGCCCUUCACACCUAUCAGCUCUGGGCCCCUAUCCAGUCUAUCCUCCUUAUGGAUGUAAGCUUGACGGAUCAUUCCAUUCAGUUUUUACUCCCUUAUGGUUCGAGUGCUAUGCAUUCCUCACUAGUGGAUGUGGGUCAUCAUGGAACUACAGAGAAAUUCACCGGCCAUGCGUUAGCCUUAGCGAACAUGCAAUCAGAUCGCAGCCUUCCUUCGCGAGCUUUGAAACUUACUAGAUGCGCUUCUCACCAGUCAGAAGCUGCGACCCGGUCAGCACGUUUACUUGAGCAAGAAUGCACUGCCUGGAACGACCUAUGAAAU